ACCAACAAAAAAAAAUCCCGCGCCAUCUCCUCUCUCUCAUCGAAGCAGACUCUGUUUCGUGGUUUCACCGUCCCCUCGCCGUCGCCCUGUACUCGCGCCACCGCUUCCUUCCUAGCAUCUCCUCUAGAGACAGAUCUGCCCUACGCCCCCGGCCGCGGCAAGCCCUCCUCCCUUUCAACCCCAAUCGCUCAAACUCGGGCCACCGCAGGAGCUUUUCCUUCAUGCGUUCACCACCCCUUGCUACUGUUCCACGUGGUCGCCGCCACCGCAUCCUGGCAUCUCCGGCCGUAUGCGCAUCAGGCCAAUCCGCCCCGGAGGCCAUCGCUGCUGCAAGUGCUAGCAGCCGGAUGACAUACCAGUGCAGCCCGACGGCCGUGAACAAAGCAUCCUCAACCUCACGCACUAACAGCUUAGAUGUUGAAGAGCGCCUUGGCAGAGUCAAGUGUGGACAAUUAUCUAGGAAGCAAGUGAAUGGAAGUUCAAGUAACCAUACAGCAGGAUCCAUUGGAAUGCCAUUACGGGCCCCUUUUCAAGAUAUUACAAAUGUGGUUGACUCACAUAGUUUAUCAAAAGGGAGACAAGCACAAAAAAUUCUUGGUUCAGUGGAUCAUCCAAUUACUGGGACAAAACGAUCAAUCAAUCUAUCUGGCAUAUCCAUACAGUCAAAUACUCCUUCAACUGGACACAUAAGUCUAACAACAAAUGCUUCCGAGCGUAAGCGUUAUCGUGAUCGGGAAAGAUACUUGGAGAUGACUCCAGAACAGCACGCUGCCUACCUGGAAAGGAACCGUGAGUACAAACGGAGAAGGAAAAAUCCUGCUGCAGUUAGUGAUAAUGCACAAUCUGGGAGUCAAACUUGUACUUGUACCAAUGGAAGCAUGCACACAACUAUUCUCACCAGUUCAAUUACAGAAGGUACUGGUCAACAUAAGCGUGUAUCAGCAUUCCUGGACAAGGGCAGUGGACAUAAGAGAAGGAGAUUGUCUAAUGGGGCAGGUUGUAGUAAUACUGGAAACGGAACACAUGAAGAUGGUGUAGCCAAUGAGCAGGAAGACCAUGACAGCACCAUCUAUGUUCCAGAUGGUUCUUUUCCUGCCCUAGAAGAUGAAACUGGGCAAUCUGAAUAUAUGACUGAAGAUGAUGAGGGUUACAUAUUCGCUGGACACGGAACGGAUUGUGUAUUAUCAUAUCGAGACCCAAACCAUGCAAAUUGUGAAAUGCAAGAGGAUCCUUUUGAUUGUAUAUAUCGGAAUGUACCAAGUGGCCAUCAUGUUUCGCAGCCAGUGCCUAACUGCACAAAUUGCAAUGCAAAACGGUUCCAGUAUGAGAAUCCAACAUUUUGUUGCAUGGGUGGCAAGGUCAAGAUAGUAACUCCAUAUGUUCCUGAUGAAAUGCGCCGACUAUACACAAGUCAAGAUCCUGACGCUAAGUACUUUCAGGACAAUAUCCGGGUCAAUUGGAAUCUUAUGCCUUUAUGGAUCAUGAACUUGAAGUGAAGGCUUCUGCUGAGCUCUAAGAGCAACUCCAAUGGGGCGACCCAUUUCGUUCGCCCGCGUCCGUUUGGGUCGGCGCGGACAAAAGUGGCGGCCUAACGCGCCGACCCAAACUCAAAUCGUGUCCGCCUGGCGUCCCCGCCGACCCAUUUCCGGCCCAAAAUUGCGCCUGGAAUGCGUCGGCGCGGACGCGAAGCGGACUCGCCGCGCGUCUCCUCGCCGUCCGCCGCAUCCCCACCUGGCGGCCACCCAACCGCCACCGGUCGUCUUGUUUAUGACGACCACCGACAGCGGGCCCACGCGUCAGCCAGUGGAAGCGUCCUUUUUUAACCACGCAUGCGGCGGGGUCGGCCUCAUCCACUUCUCCCGUCCACAUCUGCCCCCCCACCACUCCAUUUGCUUCCUCGCCGAUGACCGCAAACCCUAGCGCGCCCAUGGGCCUCUUCGGCAGCAGCAAUGGCAAGGGCAAGGGCACCCCCGGCGCCUCGUCCUCCCGUGCUCCCCUUCCCCCUCCUCCUCCUCCGGCGGCUCGGGUGUCGACGCCGUCCCGCCGCCGUUCCCACCGCCGCCCCCUCAGGUAGAGCCGGAGGACAUGGAGGCGGAGGCGGAGUACCAAGCCGCCCUCGAGGAGGCCCUGCAACACGCGCUGGAGGCUAGCCGCCUCGAGGAGGACGCACACUGGGAUGGGCUGGAGCAAGCCCUUGCCCUGUCGGCGGCGAGGGACUCCGUCCACACCCCGCUCUUCGUGCCGCCACCGCCACCGUCGCCGCCCGUCCAGCCCAAGCCGGAGCCGAAGCUGGAGCCGACGCGUAAGCGCUCCCCGCCUCCACCCACUUGGCCGGAGGAGGCCUACUCGUGGACGGGCCAGUACCGCGAGUGGGUGAGCGCGCCUCCCGUCCACUUCGCCACGACGCCGGAGGAGGAGGCGGCCCACCUCGAGCGAUGGAAGGAGCACUGGCUCCGCCAGGAGCAGGCCGACGGCGAGGAGCAGAUGCGCUACGAGGCCAUGCUCCAACGCGACGCGGAGGCGCUCCGGCUCGAGGAGGAGGAGCGUGCGUGGCUUGCCGCAAUGUCGCCGCCCCAGCAGACGCCGGAGGAGGCUGCCCUGGCAGCGUACCGGGUGGCGUUCGGGUGGGCUGGCCCUGCUCCGGUCUUCAUCGACCUCACCGACGACGGCGGCGUCGAUGGCAAGGGCAAGAGCAAGGCCGGCGAUGUCUAGGGCAGCGUGCCGGGCGGCAGCAUGCGGAUGCAGACUUUUUUUAAUGUUUUAUUUAAUGUUUAUUAGAUUUAUGUGGACUUUGGCCGGAGUUUGACCGGCCACUUUAUGUUUAAUUAUGUUUAUUUAUGUUUAUUUCA